GAUAAUUCCCGUAACAGUACUGAGUACUGUCCUCCGGCGCACUUGUGAUUUAUUUCAACUUCACGUUGAUAUAUUUUUAUGUCUCUUACCGAAGCUGACGUCGCGGAAUCGAUCACGCCUUUUAAUUUAUCAGAGAUAUCGGAAGAUGUUAAAUAAUUGUUUAUAUUCGUCAGUUGUAAUUAAAAACUCUUUUUCUAGACUAUUUGCUGCACGAGUAGAAGAUAAACGUCAAACUCACAGUAACGAUAUUCCAUCAUGGAGGGAAUUAUGCGGUCCAUGCAAGAGUGCAACGCUAUUCGUUAUCCGUCUUACAGAACCGCUGCGAAGAUGCAGAUAUUACAUAGAGAAUUGAACAUGGUGCACGUGCAGCUGGAAUUAAUAGCAGGAGUCUUCGAACGUCACAGGCUCUCCAUCACUGAAAAUUGCGUUAACUUAGACCCGAGUGAAAUCGAGGACGUUCUGUCUGACAUCUAUUUCGCGGCGCAGAAGGAAAGUAAUUUCAAUUUCGACGUUGAUCUUGCGACCAAGCUUGCCACAAGUUAUAUCCUGAAUACCUUUGACAAACAAAGUACUGGAAAUAUCUUAGUAUUUUCAGUAAAAGUUGCAUUGGUAUUAUUGAGCAGUGGUAAGCUACAAGAGAAAUAUGGAUACUUGUAUCAACAAUUGGCCAAUCACAAUGCGUGCUUAUCGCGAGCUGGUUUACAUACCUUGCUGACAAAUGUCUGCAAAAUAACAGAAAUGCUGGGAGAAAGUAUAGCGUAUGGAUACGAACAGAUUCAGUCGCACAUAGAUGCCUGUUUCGUAAAGUCUCAAGGUGGCCUUGGGGUUACUGAAGCAGAGUUUGCCGCGUGGAUCAUGCAGGAACCUCCACUACUGGUCUGGAUAACGACGUUCAAUCGAAUAAAAUCCGCAGAACACAUUGUACACAACAUCAGAUGUUCCUCGUGUAAGGUAACACCGGUACAGGGACCAAGAUAUACGUGUUUAAAAUGCACAGGAUAUCAUCAAUGCCAGGACUGUUUUCUCUUAGGGAAGACGUCGAACAAGCACAAAUUGAAACACCCAAUUCGCGAAUUUUGUGUAAAGACUUCACAUCGUGAAAUUACGAAGCUUAUCCUUGAAUUGAUCAGAAAUAAAUUGAGAUUGUGUCCUACCAGAACAGUCCCGGUGGAGGACUCGGUUACAGACGCUGCCAGCAACGAGACCAGACGAACGAAUUACGGCUCAUUAAGAAGCACGGUUAGAAGAAAAAUUCUGACUGACCCGCAAAAGGAAUUACAAAGUAUUAUAAUGGAUUUGGAAGAAGAAAAUCGACAAUUGCAAAUCGAGUUGUUAGACAUACAGGGCACCAAAGCGGAAAGGCUACAACGUCACAGAGCGACUAUCGAGUCUCAGCUGCAGCGAUUGAAAAUGCUUAAGAAAUAUUUAUUCACCGAUACGGCCCAAAUGCCGCCGAUCAUCACUCGUAUGCAGAGCACCCCGAUGCUACCACCCUUGUCAUCCAGAUUAACGGCCUUGCCGCUGGAAUUCGAAUUGAGCCCGAUUAUCAGGCAGGACAGCACGGAAGGAGCCAAAUCGCAGCACAGAAAGGACAAAUUAAUAAUGUUGGAUUUUAAUACGUCGUCACCUAUAGAGCGUACGGCAGAGGAGAAUAACGCCAACGCUCUUCCUUGCGCCGAAGAGGCCUCUACGAGCACGGGAUUCGCUAAUAUAUCAGAAAGUAAUCGUAUAGAAUUAAGUACUUGGAUUGGAGGAACAAGAAGAAGAGAAUUGAGUCCAGCUGACAGUGGCUUCUCGCAGUGGUUGGCCGCUGGCAAUUCGAACUGCAAAGAGGACAGUUACGCGGCCAACGCGAUUAGUGGUACAGACAACGACACGUCACUGAUAGCUUCUCAAUCGCCCACUGGCAUUCACAGAGACAACACGCCGUCUUCUCUGCAGCGCCCCGACAAACACUCGCAGCACAGUAGCUUACAAAAUAUUCAAGGGGAUCUUAAUGAUAUAUUGGACAGAUUGCAAAAUAUGGUUGCCAAUGACUGCUUCGACGAAUCAUACGACGGCAAUGACAAUUGUAAAUUGAAACGCGCCACCACAGAGAUGGAAGAUCUAUUGACUGGCCUCAUCGAAGGUAUGGAAUCUCGUAAAAGUAAACUUACUACCAUCGUCUGAAGAGACGCCUUGAACGUAAAUCUAGUUAUCGUAUGUUUAAAAAUUAUUAUAUCGCACCGACUGAUUUCUUUCCUCUUUUGCAAUUUUGCUAUAAUCUUAGAUAUUCGUUUUUAAUCCUUUGAUCGGCCUCCGAUGUAUAAAAUGUGCCAUUUUAUAUGACAUUAUGCAUUAUCCAAAGAAGGAUCAUCUAAUUAUUCUAUAGCAAUACGGAGAUUGCAUUCGAUAUUACGCGUUGAUAAAUCAAACUAUAUUUAGCGCUAAUUGAGAGAUGUGAUUAUGGCCAUUAUAUUUGGAAAGGUAUUUUUCCAUACUUUUUACAUAUAUAUAUUUAUUGUGCGUGUAUAAUAUCUGUGCAAUCAUGAAAGAAACGAUCUAUUUCAAAGAUUCCUAUUGACAAUGCGUGGAAAGUGGAUAAGUUUUAUAAUUCUAUAUACUUAAUAUGCACUCUUAAAAA